AUGGCUUACUCUGCAAAUACGAAUCAUUCGAUAUCUGCACAAAGCACACUGCAUUUCUUACUUUCACGUCCACUAAUUAUCGUUUUCAUUAUUGGAUCAUUAAUUUUAACAAUUAUUUAUGUGAGUCAUCAAGGAAUAAUCGCAACAGAAAUAUUUACAAUCGGUAGUUCAACGAAUUGUUUAAUAAAUUCCAAACAAACCGAUCAAAAUUGUCAUUGGUAUUUUUUAAAUUAUACACCAAGCGUAUGGGAAUCUAGUUGGACUGAUAAUAUUGAAAAAUUACAAAAUAUCGUUUGUGAAACAUUAGCGAAUAUAGACAAUUUAAAUAAAUCAGUUUUAGCUGUCGAACGAUUAGUCGAAUUACAGAAAUUUGGAAGAAAUCAAACCAAAAGUAAUAAACAAUCUAGCGAUAUAUUUCUAUCACGAAUGUUUUAUCAACAAAAAUAUAUUAAUCCAAUAACAAAUAUAUCAUCUAAAGGUGUCAUCGUAUCUCAAUUAAUCGAACCACUUAUUGGUUUACUUCGAGAUCCAUUGACAAUGUGCAAUCGUGUGAACACACUACCUGCUUCUGUAUAUGACGGAGUAAUUAUACAAUCAAAACGUUUUUUUCUAUUAUCAGUGGCAGCUCCGUUUUAUAUUCAUUCAUCAACACCAAGCCCUAAUAAUAAUGUACCAAUGAUGAUUACAUCAAAUAAACGUAAUACAAAUUUACUUCCAUGGAUGUAUGAAAGAUCAAAAUUGAAUACUUUAGAUACAGAAACAGACAUGAGGAGAGGACAAAAUAUUUUGAUUGAUUUGGGAAGUUCUUAUUUUGGAAGUUGGAAUGGUGAUACUACUGCCAAUGCUGGACGCUGGUUUUAUGAACAUUACAAACGUUUUGGUAUUAAAUUUGAUCGCAUUAUUGCCUAUGAACAUCAAGCAUUAAAUACUAAAACUGCUUGGGAACAAUUACCGGACGAUGUCUUUCCCGUUUAUACUCUAAUUAAUACUGGAUGUGAAAAAUCGGGAAAAUUUAGUCCUUGGACAAAUUUAAAAGCAAUAGCUAAACCACACGAUCAUGUUGUUAUUAAAUUAGAUAUUGAUACUCCACAAAUUGAAGGACCUUUAAUAAAUGAAGUAUUAAAUGAUUCAACCAUUCAUUCAUUGAUAGACGAACUAUUCUUUGAACAUCAUAUUACAGUUAGAGAAAUGGUACCAUCUUGGGGAAUUCAACCAGGUUCAUUAAAAGAUUCAUAUAUUUUAUUUACAAAAUUACGACAACUUGGAAUACGAAUGCAUUCAUGGCCAUAA